UAACAAUAUUGAGAAUUACAAAUAGUUCUUUCUAAAUGGAAUUUAUUCGAUAUAUUCGGAGGCUAAAAACUUGUGCUUUUUCAUUAAGGGCUCUAAACACGUGUUCUCGUCGUUAUUGUGCGUCAAGUCCUAUCAAAGAACAAGUAGAGGCUGAUACAUCUGCGCCAGUUAUAAAUCAAAAUACAAUAAAUAAAUUGGAACAAUUGUCUUUGCUUAACUUUAACCACGAAGACAGUUUUUCUAUUUUAGAAGGUGCAAUUAAGUUUACAGAAGAUUUACGUAUCGCAGAAAUCGACGAAAAAGUUGAACCUAUGUAUAGUCCAUCUGAAAAAGAAUCUGUUCCUUUGCGAGAAGAUCACGUAGAACCUAACGCAUCUAGAAAAGAAAUUUUAAAAAAUGCUGCUGUGUUAGAAGAAGAAUAUUUUGUAGCACCAUUGAAUAAAAUUUCAUAAAUAUCAUCAUGAAUAUAACUCGUGUAUUAAAAGAAUUA